CAAUAAUGACGACUGUAAGUUAUCACUCUCGUCGGCGGCGGCUUCAAGUAUUCAAAAUUUAACAGGUUUAAUCUCGUUAUAUGAUGCUUUCAAUCGAAAUCUUUUCUCACCUUGUUGCAGAGCAACCAAGAAUCAAUAUGUAGGAAAGUAGGUCUAUCUUGAAACUGAACACGCAGAAUGAUGUAUGAGACAAUAUCAUCUAAAAGCUAUCUCUCUUGUACUAAGACCGCGUAAUUCAAUUUGAAUAAUAUAUGUUACCUACAGCUUCUUGUUCUCGACUUUCUUGGAUUCUGUGAUUUUCGUAGGUAUUUUUUGGUUUUUAGGUCUUAAUGUCUGGCAAUAAACGCUAGUAAUACGUUUCACGAAAUUGUUACCCUUUCGAAUCCUCUCGUCACUGAUUAAUUCCGGUUGUCAGCUUGCUUUCAUCUCAUACAUGUGUCUUUUGUAAUCGUUUUAUUGAAAUAAAAUCAUCGUACGCGCUCUCCUCUACAUUCUUCUUGCAAACAGCGUUCCUCCGAGGUAGAAUCAUACAUUUGGCUUCGUAGAACUUUUUGGAACUGGCUUGGAUUGGCAUUGUAAAUCGCGGAUGUCCAAAAGUUCUAAUUUUGUACGAAAGGGGUUUCCUUCGAGACCUUUCAAAAAAGAAGCGAAUUACACCAAAAAUGAGAGUGGCGCUCAGCUUACAGGUGUCGAGAAUAAUAUGGAUCAACUACUAGAUGCUGAGAGUGCGUUAAAUGAGUCGAACGAACACCGGUAUUUGAGAGCGAAAGCUAACGAUCUAGCUGAUCGACGUUAUGGCUUCGAGGCAUUUGUUGGUCCUGGCGAACGCAUCGGCUGGCUGGUAAACAUGCACCCCACUGACUUAUUAGAUGAGUCGAAAAGAUUGGUCAGCGGUAUUGACCUUUAUUUUCUUCAAACGGAUGGAAACCGUUUCAAAGUUACGAAACCUUACCUCCCAUACUUCUAUGUGCUGGUUCGUGGUGGUCAAGCUGCAGAGCGUGAUGCAAACUCGUACUUACUAAAACGGUUCUCUGCUCGUCUUGCUGGAAUUGAGGUUGUUUCUAAAAACGACUUGGACCUGCCUAAUCACCUUGUUGGAAUCAAAGCUACUUACCUUAAGAUGUUGUUCUAUAGUGUGGAUGAGCUAGUCCGAGUGCGUAGGGAACUAGCUGUUCGGAUCCGGGCAAAUCGUGAACUGGCCUUUUCGGGAUCCUCCUAUACUGAUAUCUUGGCUGAACACUUUAGAAAUGAUGAUUACGGAAUUGUAACCAACCAGUUGGGCGUUAGACAAAAUCGUGUUGAUCCUCUUGAUAAUUUGUUUGAUCUAAGAGAGUCAGAUGUUCCUUACUUAACUCGUGUAUGCAUUGACUUGAAUAUAUUUGCUGGAUGUUGGUAUACCACGACCUGUAUGCCUGGACGUCCUCCUGAAAUUAAGCGUCAUGAUGAUACAGUGGCAUGGCCUGAACCCGUAGUCUUGGCAUUCGAUAUAGAAACUACAAAGAUGCCUUUGAAGUUCCCUGACCCUGCAAAUGAUCAGAUAAUUAUGAUAUCAUACAUGUUAGAUGGAGCUGGACAUCUUAUAUGCAAUCGAGAAAUACUUUCGGAAGAUAUAGAGGAUUUUGACUACACGCCAAGACCAGAGUUUCCAGGUCACUUCACUGUACAUAAUUUACAGACAGAAUUAGAUUGCAUUACCUUUUUCUUCGAACAUAUUCACAGAGUUCGACCAAAUAUAUUAGUUACAUAUAAUGGUGAUUAUUUCGACUGGCCAUUUAUUGAAGCUCGGGCCGCUAGCUACGGACUAUCUAUGUCUGAAGAAAUUGCAUUUUCUCGUCAAAAGGGUACUGCAGGCCCCGGAAGAGAUGGGAGUUCUGGCGAAUACCUGUCACGACCAGCAAUUCACAUUGAUUGCUUAUACUGGGUUAAGCGUGACAGUUACCUUCCGGUCGGAGCUCGUGGUCUUAAAGCUGUCGCUAAAGCUAAACUGCGGUACGAUCCGAUUGAAGUAGACCCAGAAUUAAUGUGCCGUAUGGCUCGUGAAUCACCGAGAGAGUUGGCAAAUUACUCAGUGUCUGAUGCAGUUGCCACUUACUAUUUGUAUAUGAAGUAUGUUCAUCCGUUCGUAUUCGCACUGUGUACAAUCCUUCCAUUAAAUCCCGAUGAUGUCCUUCGUAAAGGCUCUGGUACCCUAUGUGAGGCUCUUUUGAUGGUUCAGGCUUACGCAGCAAACGUUGUCUUUCCUCACAAACAGACAGACGGUGAAUCGGGACUUAACAGCUUGUUACUGAGUGACGCUGGGAUUUCAGGAAAAUUUACGGAGGAUGGACAUCUCAUCGAUUCUCAGACUUAUGUUGGUGGACAUGUAGAAGCUCUGGAAGCAGGUAUUUUUCGUGCUGACAUACCCGUUAGAUUUCGUCUAGUUCCUGCAGCUUUGGAAGCACUUAGGUCUGACGUCAAACGUUGUGUUAGUCGAGCUCUACAGGCGGAAACGGGCGCAGAGGACGAAGACGCACUGUUUAGUGUUGUGACCAAGGAUAAUUUUAACAAGAUUUGUGAACAAGUAGAGAACACCUUACAACAAUUAGCCUCCACGCCUAAUAGAAUUGAAUGUCCAGUUAUUUAUCAUUUGGAUGUUGGUGCAAUGUAUCCAAACAUCAUUCUUACUAAUCGACUUCAACCAUCAGCUGUCGACUCUAAUUCUGCUGCCAAGUGUGCUGACUGUGAGUUUUACAAACCGGGAAUAUCCUGCCAACGUUUCAUGCCGUGGACAUGGCGUGCGGAGCUUUGGACAGCUUCCAGACCGGAAGUUUAUCGAAUCCAAGCCCAACUUUCUCAAGAGCGCUUUCCUGUUAAGGUAACUGAUGUGAAUGAAAAGUUCCCAAAGACUAUAAUGAAGUCAUUUCACGAAUUGUCAAAAGAAGAACAAGCUGUGGUUGAAAAAAAGCGUAUUACUGAUUAUUGCCGUCGAGCUUAUAAACGUAUCCACUUAACUAGAACAGAAGAACGACUUGCUAUGGUCUGUCAACGAGAAAAUUCCUUUUAUGUUGACACGGUUAAGGCAUUCCGUGAUCGUCGAUAUAAAUUCAAGGGUUUGACAAAAACUUGGAAGCGUCAUUACGAUGAUGCAUGUGCAGCUCUGUCCUCUGGGACAGGUGAUUCAAAUGCUGUGAAAGAGGCCAACGCAAUGCUCGUAUUGUAUGAUAGCCUUCAACUGGCACAUAAAUGUAUUCUGAACUCUUUUUAUGGUUAUGUAAUGCGACGCGGUGCUCGUUGGUACUCAAUGGAAAUGGCUGGUAUUGUUUGUCAUACUGGUGCGAAAAUCAUAACUAAAUCAAGAGAGAUAGUAGAACAAAUUGGUCGUGCAUUAGAACUAGAUACUGAUGGGAUAUGGUGUAUUCUUCCUGCAAGUUUUCCUCAAAACAUUGAAUUUACUGCUGUUGGUUCAAAGCCAUCUCGUAUUUCGAUUUCAUAUCCUGGAGCUGUAUUGAACAUCAUGGUGCAAGACUUUUUCACAAAUCAUCAGUAUCAUGAAUUAGUUGAUCAGGAGACUCUCACAUACAAAGUUCGCUCCGAAAAUUCCAUAUACUUUGAAGUUGAUGGUCCAUACAAAGCUAUGGUUUUGCCUGCGGCAAAAGAAGAAGGAAAACGUUUGAAAAAGCGUUAUGCUGUUUUCAAUUUCGAUGGGAGUUUAGCAGAAUUAAAAGGAUUCGAGAUUAAACGGAAUGGUGAACUACAACUGAUUAAAAUAUUUCAGUCAUCUGUGUUUGAAGCAUUUCUUCGUGGGGAUAGUUUAGUUGAGGCUUAUUCAUCAGUCGCUAGUGUUGCUGAUCAUUGGUUGGAUGUACUAUACUCUAAAGGAGCUGAUAUGCCAGAUUCUGAAUUAUUCGAUCUAAUAUCAGAGAAUCGAAGCAUGUCUAGAAAAUUGGAAGAUUAUGGAAGUCAGAAGUCAACAUCUCUAAGUACUGCCAGACGAAUGGCUGAAUUUUUAGGGGACCAGAUUGUUAAAGAUGCAGGUUUAUCUUGUCGUUAUAUCAUUGCACGGCAGCCUGAUGGUGCACCAGUAACUGAACGAGCUAUUCCUUUAGCUAUAUUUCAGGCAGAGGGAUCAAUCAAACGCCAUUAUCUUCAAAAGUGGCUUAAAGAUUCAAAUCUUGAUGAGCAUACAGAUAUACGUGAAAUACUUGAUUGGUCCUAUUAUAUCGAACGUUUGUCCAGUGCUAUCCAGAAAAUUAUCACAAUCCCAGCGGCUUUACAACAAGUUUCUAACCCAGUACCUAGAGUUAGUCAUCCUGAUUGGCUACUUCGUAAACUAGCUGAAAAAAUGGAUACAUGUAAACAACGGAAACUAACAGAAAUGUUUGUUUUUGAGAAUUCAGUAAUGAACAAAACUGAAGAACAAAGCACAGUAUUACCAGAUUUAGAAACACUUUGUUCAAACAAUGACGAGAAAGUUAAGUCCAACACAUCUAUUGUAACUCGACAUCUUCCUGCUAAGCGUCUUCGGUCACCUGAAGGUCCUCCUAAAUCAUGGAGGGAACAGUUAGGUGAACCUCCAAGCUUAGAUGAUGCUAAUACUUCAAAAAAAUUAACUGAAUGGCUGAGAUUUCAUCAAGCUAAGUGGCGACUCCAGUUAGAACAGCGUCAAUAUUUCGUUCAAUCUAUGGGCAAUCCGGAAAUAAAUUGUGAUUUUGACCAUGGGUUUUCAUUUUUACCAUCCUCUAAAAGGCAACGUGGUUUGGCUAGAUAUUUGAAUCAAACUAGAGUAAAUCUAUUCACAGCUGUAUGGCAGGUGAUUGAGAUUGUUCCAGAUCCCCGACAGAUUGGUCACUAUACGUUAUGGGUUUUGAUUAAUUCACCUGGAUCUGGAUUAGUUCCGUCGCUAAAUGCGGUAGAUGUAACAGUGUCCAGAAAUUUUUAUGUCAACAUACGUACGCCCAAACUCAAGGACUCUGGCCCACUCUACCGUAAAGUAUCCGGUAAUGUAUCAACGGGUGAUGAAACCGGAAGUACAAGUGGUCGUAUUCUUCCUAGAAACCAUACAGUUUAUCAUUUGUACGAGUACAACGUACCGGAAGAUGUUUACACUGAACACGCUGCGGAAAUUGCUACAGAUUUAGCUAGACCAGAUAUUGAAGGCGUGUAUGAGCUUGGUGUACCAAGUUUAUUUCGUAUUUUAAUGAGAGUGGGAUGUUUGUGUACAGUUGACCGGAAAGCUCUUAGGAAAAACCAACAUGGGUUGGUUUCAGAUGAAGGCGGUUUUAACUUGGACCAACUGUGUUUCUGUUCCUUAGCCCAACAUCCAUACUUAUCUGGUCGCAGCUUGAGGCACUUAUUCUUAUUUCACUAUCAGUUGCCUUCAGUAGGACAAGCGAUGGCAAGAAGAGAUUCACAAAGACAACUUUAUCUUUUGAUUGUACCAUGGACUAGGUGCGGUUAUGUUUGUGUAAUUGAUAGUGCGAGGAUUAAUCAGCUACCAGAUUUAAAUAUAUUAUAUUUGAGACAACGUACGAAACUUUUUCCUGACUUUAAAAACGAAGAAUUUCCUCCGGAUACUUUGACUUUCGAAGUGCACACUGAAUCAGAUGCAGUUAUUGGUCGGCGUAUAGUCCAGCGCUGGAUUACUGGUCUAUGUAAAAGUAUGGGUGCACGAGAGACAGAUCCUAAAGAAGCAAACACAAGUAGCUUUCAGUCAGCUGCACCAAUUGUUAUUUUGCUUCAUUCUGCUGCACAACAAGAUAUCUCAAGUGGUUCUAACGAAGUGAAUUGGCCAUUGAAUGAUGAGAUAAUUGGACGUCGUCGUAGUCCCCAACUGCCUGUUCUAUCUGGAUUUCCGGUGAUCCAACUUGGUGGCACUAUGGAUGAAGGUGAAAGCCAAGUAAAUUGUGAUGUAGAGCUUGGAACGGACGCUUAUAGUCUUUUGAAUUGGCAACAAACGGCUGUAAAACGCGGCAUUCGUUAUUUCUUACAGUCUGAAGCACGUCUCGAACGUCAGUUGGAGUUGGCGCGUUACCUACACAUUCCUGUCGGAAAUGUGCCAGUUUCUGAAGCUCCUUUACCCGUUUCGUUGACUGCCACUAGUCAAGAUGUUCAACCUCCUGCCAGCUCCACAAGUGCUAUUGAACUGGGUUGUGAUUUAUUUUACGCAAGGCAUUUGGUCAAGCAUAAUCACGUUCUUUGGUGUUCAUCUUCUGGCCGUCCAGAUUUGGGUGGAAAAGAAACAGAUGAUCAACGCCUAUUGCUUGAAAUGGAAGAAUCUGGAGUGGUUGAAAUCAAUCGACCUGGUCUUUAUCCUUAUGUUAAUGUUGAAUUGGAAUUCACCAACUUGGCUGUCAACACUUUGAUAGUAGCGAACCGUAUUCCGGAACUGGAAGGUGCUACACUGUUGUCAUUCGAUCGUUUAUCUGCCGCAGAUAGGACACUUAAAGAACAGUUAAAUCAAGGUGUGAAUUUAGGUACGCAUAUUACAAGCUACGAUGAGACAGCCGCAUGUAGCGCUGCCUUUCGUAUUCUUCGCAAUAUGGUUCUUGCAUGGGUUCGGGAUGUUACACAAUACCAAAAUCCUUUGGCCGAUGAACAAAUUAUUUAUUUUUACCAAUGGCUUCGGUCACCGCGUUCAUUGUUCUAUGAUCCUGCUUUAAGACGCACUGUUCAAAAGUUAAUGAAAAAGGUAUUUCUUAAAUUGGUGGAUGAAUUAAGUCAUUUCCACGUGGAUGUAAUCUAUGCAAAUUUCAGUCGCUUAAUCAUAUCCACACAUAGAAUUGAAUUGCCUGAAGCUCUAGCGCGCGUAGAUUAUUUUACGCAAUUAUUACGUACACGCCAAGGAACUUUGUUCACUCACAUAGACUUGCAAUAUGUAAAUAGCUGGCGUCAGUUAAUUUGGAUGGACUCAGCAAAUUACGCUGGUGUAAAAGCCUCCGUGGAUAAUCUAGUCGAUGGUAAAGAUGUUGAAUGGAGUAACGUGUUAAUUAUUCAACAUCAAUCUCAUCCUCAUACUGAAGAUAAGGAAAACAAUAUAAAGGAACACGUUAAUUUGCCCGAUCCCGAACUUGAUAUGCAUUGGCACUUGGCACGUUAUUUACCUGAGACACGUGGUUUAAGAAGUAAAUUCCAAAGUUUUCUAGCUGGAUAUCUGAUAGCUAUUUACAAUGCUGUGCGAAACGAGCAUCGUCGUUUAAUUGGGUCCGUUGAUUGUACUUUGAAUGAACGAGAAGUAUCUCCUGUUGAACCUGAUAAUAGCGUGAAAAAAAAUUCUGAACGUGUACUUGAGGCUGAAACAACGCCAUACAAGUCGGAUGCUACUGUUUCUCCUGGAGUCAAGGAAUAUCAAGAACGUUUAUUCAAGGAUCAGUUGGCCCCAGAGUUGUACAAUCUGAUUAUUCGACUGCAACGGAAAGCUGCAUGGAUAGAUCCAGAGUUAAUGAAGAAUGCUGAACCAUCAGUUAGUAGUUAUAGGACCUGUCAAAUAAAUAAUGGUUUAAACAUACGUAGGAAUGACAAUAUUGUAAAUGCCUACCUUGCCGAAAAAUCGAUUGGUUCAUGUAUAGAGUUGGAUGCUACCUACAAUCAAAAUUCGAAUCCCAACCUAGUUCUACCUCUUUUGCCUGCACAUCAGGCGAUUUAUAACCUGAAUUUUACUCCGCUUCUUGAUUUUGUUAAAUCACUAUGUGAGGUUUUAAGCCUGGAGCCAACUACGAAAUUGCAAGUUGAAAGUAUUAGACAUGAUUUACUUCGCUUAAUCAAUGUUGGAGAAUUUUCCCCUGAAGCCGUUUGGAUCGCUCCUCAUAUGACUAGGGAUUGUCCGUUGAACGAUGAUCCAAAUAAUUAUACUUUUGAAAUAAAUGCUAUUCGUUCUCUACUGGUUUAUCUGCCAGAGGUUGCUUGCCCGAUUUGUAAUUUUACGCGAGAUAUAGAUGUUUGUCGUGAUAUACACGUUGUUUGGAUAACAGCAUCCAUGGAUCCGAUGAAUGCUGAAACUAGACAAUCAGGUUAUUGGGCUUGGAUAUGCCCACAUUGUCGUACAGUUUAUCCACGUAAUAGAUUAGAAGAAGUACUUGUUCAACAGCUUGAACAGUUCUCACUUCAACAUUGUUUACAGGAUCUUCAAUGUCCCAAAUGUUUGGUAGGUGGUGGAAUACAGGAGUUGCUGAUUGCAAAUGGUGGUUCAGUUGCCCAAUGCGCUGAUUGUUCUUCAAAACUGACACUAACUGUUCCAACUGGCCAUGCAGUAUAUCGUCGUUUAGAUGUUUAUCGUAAUAUCGGUGUUCAUUUUGGUUUUGAGUACUUAGAACAAAUCUCUUGUUGGCUUAUCCAGGGCUUGCAACAAUAGACAGAUUCUUAAUAUUUUCCAGAUGAACCGAUAUGUGAUGCAUUUUCAUAACUAUUUUUGCUAAGGAAAUAUUUUGUUUUGGCUUCCAUUUUUACUUGCAUUUAUAUGAUGUAGUUUUGUAUGGCAGAUUAUUUUUUAUACUUUUUAUACCUUUUGAAAUAAAAUGAGUAUUUCUCUAAUUCUUGCUGUUCUAUUCAUUUAACAAAGAAUCGCUUCUUAAAC